UAACCUCGGGCGAAUAUCAUCUUAUCAACAGGACCAAUCAGACUCAGCUCAUUACAAAAGAUAACUGGAAAGAAAUUGUUUUCCCGGGAUCGUCACUCGUAAUGUCCAUGAUUAUCCAAAAUGUCCUCAUGCAACACCAUCUCUGUCCACGACCGAGCUGUCGCAGGAAGCUUGCUUUCAGUUCGACGACGAAUGGAUCGGCAAUUGUGUGCUCCGGAUGCGGUCUAACUUGCUAUCUACGCAAAAUGCCAGAAACAGCGGAUGAUGUAACUGUUCUAGAAAGUGAAGAGGUCCGAGUCGAGCAACAACAAAUCGAUGAGGACUACCAGAUAUUCGGCGAGCGACCUAUACCUUCGGAUACUAUGAAAAUUGAUGAAGAUAUUUUCGAUAUACAGAGUAUGGCCCCGCGAGAGUCAAUUAAAACCGAAGAGCCUUUAGCUGAGUCCAUGCUACCGACUCUUAGUGCGUGGGGACAAGUUGAGCUGGACGCCCUUCUAUCUGGACGCAAUAUUACUAAAAUAGAGCCGCAAAACACCGAAGAUGAGAGAGUCAACCCCACUCCAUUAGAUGCCUGGCUCGACCAAGUAUCAGUCCUUUCAGCGUCGGAGAUGGGGACCCCCACCGCUGGACAUGGUACCAUCCACAACGGAGAUAGCGAAACCAAUGCUCUCGAAUGUUUUCGGCACAUUCACAUUGACCGAGCUUAUGAUAAAUGCUCAGUUGCUUCUGAUGAACCCCAAAAUGCGCGUAACUUACGCGAAGUUUCCUUUAAUGCCCGCAUAUUUUACCGCAACAUUCGAGACAAGUACCCGCAGAUGCCAGAGUAUUUAGUAAAAAGGCCCUGUGAGUCUUUCUGAUAGUUCUUCUGAAAGCUCCGAAGACUCCAUUGGCCAACUCGCUCCUGCUAUUCGAGCCGAGCCCCAAGACACGCAAGCCAGUCCUUUACUUAGGUUAUUG